AUGGCGAAAGACGUGAGAGCUCUGUACGCAGCGGCGGCGACGGGCACACCGAGCGACGACAAGACGGCCGCGUUCGCCGACGCGUGCGUCGCGAUGGCCAAGUCGACGGCUGCGUCGGAUGGCCUCGCCCAGCUUAUCCUGCCCGCAGCGACGUUCAAGGGCAAGGACGCGCCUGCGAACAAGCUGGCGCUGCUCCAGCUGCAGGUGCUCUGUCGCUUAACGCUGCAAGCAAGUGUGAAAGAGGACCCAUGGUCCAAGGUCCAGAAGAAGGAGCUUAUUUCGCUGCUCUCGCUCUUGGCGAUGACCAUGGACGCUGCCUCGAUGCAGAGCAGCAGCCACGAGCAGCUGCAUCACGAGCACUCGGCCUUCUCGUGGUUUAUCCUCGACACGAUCGUGUCAAGAUUCCAGCGUCUCCUGCCCAAGACAAUGAAGCGGCUCUUGAAAGAGCUUGAAAUCGAGUCGACAGAGUCCAAGCCGGCACCGGCGUUAAAGCUGCCCCUCACGCUGCCCAAGGAGCUCGUGAAGGAGCCCAUGACGCGCCAAUCGAGCAGCGAAUACGUCAUCGCUGAAGUCCUUAGCCAAGAGGCCACAUCGCACACCGCCGCGACCAACCCACUGCCCGUCCAGCAGCUUGGCUCCUUUAAAGAGUUUCUGCUGCCAACGGUCAAGCCACUAAUCAAGAGUAGUCUGCUCAGCAGGUCGUCGUCGGUCCCGCUCACAAGGAGUUCGUCCGAGUUUGACUCGCCUCGGGUCGCCAACGCGCCGCCACCGCCAACCAAGCUCCAGCCCAUGGUCAUGAAAACACCCGACCGACCACAGCGUCCGGCGGCUAAGAAGCGUCUCGUGCUCGUCGCGUCGUCGCCGCCGCUCCGACGCCCGGUGAAGCGCAACAUCUCGGCGCUCAGUCUCCUCAAGAAGCCAGAACCAUCGUCGUAGCACUCCGAAAUGCAUCAUCUUAGUCGUCUA